AUGAGUGAAGCUAUUGAAGACCUCGCCGGUCCCUCGACAAGGCACCGCCCUCGCCCUUUGGAUCUGGUGCCAAUCGACCUAGAUGCAGUUCCGUUCGCUUCGAACGCGCUAGAAUGGUCAGCGGAUGGUGUGCUCGCAGCUGCUACCACUGAUUCGGUGCACAUUUUAACGCCACAGUUCAUGACUGCGAGCGGCGGCCCUAUGCCGAUAUAUGAUGGUUUAGCCAACGAAGGCAACAGUGACCAGGAUGACGACACGCAAGACCAGGGUGAUAACCGGUUUGCAACGGAGACGGGGGCGCGGAAGCAGUUUGGCGGUUCCGGCCGGCGCAUCUUGGUCGGAUAUCCGCGUCUCGACCACACCAUCAACCAGCCGCUGUAUCAAGAAUGGGCGGCACAUCAUCCCGGCGAUGACCAAGGCCAAUGGCAGGCAGAUGCCCCGAAGAUUAGUGCCGGCUCUGGUUCCAUCAGUGGCAGUGGCAGCACGAUGAAUUCUGUGGUCAGCAUUGCGUGGUCUCCGAGUGGUGUUGGCUACAACGAACGCUGCGUGCUGGGCGUACUGACUGCGUCGGGAAUGCUGAUCAUAUACGGCGACCCCCUCGAUGGCGGAGAAAGGGACGACGCCUCGACGAGCAGCAGCGGGCAGAGAGUGUCGGGAAACCGCAACAGCUACGACACGUCCCGGUGGGAGGUGCUGUGGGCGGUGGGCGAACGCACGGCAGUUCCAGGCCAGAAAAAACCUGGAGAGUGCAUCACGUCCUUUGCUUGGACCAAUGCCUGCGACGCAAUUGUGGAAAAGACACCGACGCUCGCGGCUGCAUAUCACCGAGCAGAGACGAAAGCACUCCUGGUGUACCAGACGGACAGGAGAGACAUUGUUGUGCUGGAUGUCAGCCAUUCCCGCUACAUUGAUGGCAGGGUGACAUGGAAAGUCGCCGAGAUGGAGCGCAUAAAAGCAGCCGCGGGGGCGCACUUGACAGGGCAGUGGACGAGACCAGGCGCGCCUUCGGUGACAGACUUCAGCUUUGUUCCACAUUCUACACCAUUCGGUCUCCGCUGCAGUCCGUGGAUGGUUGAAAAGGUACCGCUGGGGCCUGAUCUCCAGCCCGAGAGUCUCCUGACCUGCAUCAUCGGGUACACUGCAUUGCACUAUGUCGGGUUCCGGCGACUGUCGCUUGUGUUGCGCCCAGACGUGUCCAGUGGGAGACGGACUAUUUUCAUUGACACCAAGGAUAUCUCGGGUUUCUGCGCCUUUAUGGGCGCAAAUGCCGUCCUCCGGUUCGAAGAUUGCCUCUGGCGCGUGGACGAUGACUUGCAAACGGGCGUUCCUAAGAAGAGGUCCCAGUGCAGAGGCGUCGUCGCAACGCCCAUGACUCUCAAGGCGUUCGAGUUCGAGUUUACAGCAUAUGAUCCGAACCUCGUAGCGCAGGCAACUGGUGCACCAGACGCGCAUAUUGUUUUCACAGAAGGCAUAUGUGCAGCAACUGAACCCAGCCAAGCAGAGUGGCACACAAACCCCAUCAGCGGUUAG